AUGUCCGCUUAUCAAUUUGUUUUAUUUUCCGCAUUGCUUUUAAGUUCCAUUCAUCGCACAAAGGGCCAAUUCGCAGGAUGUGAUACCGCUAAGGCUCUACGGGCGGAUGAAACCUUCUUCGUUCAAUCGCCUGGAUAUGGAAACUACUAUAAACCCAAUACCAACUGCCGCUGGCGUUUGUCGGCACCCGUUGGAUACUAUCUAUACUUGAACUGUUACGACGUAGUUUUGCCUGCUAGUUCCAACUGUGCCGCGGAUCGAAUUAAAGUAUCACUCAAAGGAAACGUACUUCUAACCGGAGCAUCCAGAUACUGCGGUCAGACCACCUUCCUUCUACAGUCCGUUGCAAAUCAGUUGACUUUAGCGUUGAGAGCACCGGUUUACUCUACCGGUGGUCGAUUUCGGUGUCAGGUUAUGGCAAGGCAACCACCAUGUGACUGCGGACGACGACGAAUGACAAAAAUCGUGAAUGGCGUUCCAACAAAGGCCAAUGAGUUUCCAAUGAUGGCUGGCCUGGUUAGCACAUCCGCAAAGAAUGUCUUCUGUGGCGCCACUAUAAUUUCGAAUCGUCACGCCGUUACCGCUGCACACUGUCUCGUGGGUAAAAAAAUUUCAGACACUACUCUACUUGUUGGAGAUCACGAUCUAUCCACAGGAACGGACAGCCCGUUUGCCGCGCUCAUGGUCAUCACCACGUUCACAAUCCAUUCCGGUUACCGGAAACAAUCUUUCGUGAAUGAUAUCGCCCUGGUGCGCACCCGAGAAGAGAUUCAGUUCAACAACGGAGUCGGUCCGGCAUGUUUACCGUGGAAUUGGCCUACCGCUACCUUCAACAAUAUGGUAGUGGAAGCAACCGGUUGGGGAACGCUGGAUUUCGGUGGUCCCGUUUCGACUGUACUACGGAAGGUCAGCCUGAAUGUUAUCAGUUAUGAAACGUGUCGUCAGCGGAUGCCUAGCUCGGGGAUCAAAACCAGUCAAAUUUGUACGUUUGCAAAAGAUCGCGAUGCCUGUCAGUAUGAUUCCGGAGGGCCGAUUCUAUACACGCACCCGAGCAAUGGGAUCGUGUAUCACAUUGGAGUGAUCAGUUAUGGAAUUGCGUGUGCUAGUAGCACUCCUGGUGUAAACACCAGAAUUACAUCAUAUUUGGCGUGGAUUAAAUCGAACACCCCGGGAAUAAGGUAUUGCGAGAAGUGAGAAGCUUUGUAAUUCGUUUAACAUUUGAGGCUACACACUUAGUGAUUAUUCAGAACAACGAUUCAGAACAACGUAGCAUAUAAAGAGAUGAGAAUAAAUAUCCAAUCG